AGCCAUGGAACACCAGCUCCUGUGCUGCGAGGUGGAGACCAUCCGCCGCGCGUACCCCGAUGGCAACCUCCUCAACGACCGGGUGCUGCGCGCCAUGCUCAAGGCGGAGGAGACCUGCGCGCCCUCCGUGUCCUAUUUCAAGUGUGUGCAGAAGGAGAUCGUGCCGUCCAUGCGGAAGAUCGUGGCCACCUGGAUGCUGGAGGUCUGCGAGGAGCAGAAGUGCGAGGAGGAGGUCUUCCCGCUGGCCAUGAACUACCUGGACCGCUUCCUGUCGCUGGAGCCCCUGAAAAAGAGCCGCCUGCAGCUGCUGGGGGCCACCUGCAUGUUCGUGGCCUCGAAGAUGAAGGAGACCAUCCCCCUGACGGCCGAGAAGUUGUGCAUCUACACUGACAACUCCAUCCGGCCCGACGAGCUGCUGCAAAUGGAGCUGCUCCUGGUGAACAAACUCAAGUGGAACCUGGCGGCAAUGACCCCCCACGAUUUCAUUGAACACUUCCUCUCCAAAAUGCCAGAGGCCGAGGAAAACAAACAGAUCAUCCGCAAACACGCACAGACCUUCGUCGCCCUCUGUGCCACAGACGUGAAGUUCAUUUCCAACCCGCCCUCCAUGGUGGCGGCCGGGAGCGUGGUGGCCGCAGUGCAAGGCCUGAACCUGGGGAGCCCCAACAACUUCCUGUCCUACUACCGCCUGACGCGCUUCCUCUCCAGGGUGAUUAAGUGUGACCCGGACUGCCUCCGGGCCUGCCAGGAGCAGAUCGAAGGUCUGCUGGAGUCCAGCCUCCGCCAGGCCCAGCAGAACCUGGACCCCAAGGCGACCGCGGAGGAGGAGGUGGAGGAGGAGGAGGAGGUGGACCAGGCCUGCACCCCCACCGACGUGCGGGACGUGGACAUCUGAGGUGCCGGCGGCGGGCGUCACCGCCACCAGAGCGUGGAGCAGCGACUGGCAGCCCCACAGCGAGGCAGGGGCUGACCCUGAUGCUCCCCGACAGUCCCUCUUCUCCGGGACAUUUCGCUACC